GUCGUACUGGAGCUUCCAAGCUUGAGAUGCAGCGAAAGCUUGCAUUAAUCCGUGAGAUUGCAGACCCUUCCGUUUGUUUUGGGAUGUUUUUAGUGCGGCGCCAGCAAAAAUCAAUUUUGCAACAAGCUUCUUAAUCGAUUGGCAAUGGAAAUGCAAGAGUUCAGCGAAAAUCUGGAAGAGAUCGAAGAUGAAGCAUUCGACGAGGAGAAAUCGGCCAGGACUUCAGAUGAAAAUCGCAAGCAGAAUCACAGCGAGAUCGAGAAGCGACGUCGGGACAAGAUGAACACGUACAUAAAUGAACUCUCCUCCAUGAUUCCCAUGUGCUACGCCAUGCAAAGGAAGCUGGACAAGCUCACCGUACUCCGGAUGGCUGUACAGCAUCUGCGCGGGAUCCGUGGCAGCGGCAGUCUGCAUCCCUUCAACGGUUCCGACUACCGGCCUAGUUUCCUCUCCGACCAGGAGCUAAAGAUGAUCAUUCUCCAGGCCUCGGAGGGAUUUCUGUUUGUUGUGGGUUGUGACCGUGGACGCAUAUUGUACGUCUCCGAUUCGGUGUCCAGUGUGCUGAACUGCACGCAAGCGGAUCUGCUGGGACAGAGCUGGUUUGAUAUACUGCAUCCGAAGGACAUUGGCAAGGUAAAGGAGCAGCUCUCCUCGCUGGAACAGUGUCCCAGGGAGCGCCUCAUCGACGCCAAGACUAUGUUGCCCGUUAAGACGGAUGUACCGCAGAGCCUGUGUCGUUUGUGCCCCGGUGCCAGACGUUCCUUUUUCUGCCGCAUGAAGCUGCGUGCCGCCAAUAACAACCAGAUCAAGGAGGAGUCGGACACGUCCUCCAGCUCACGCAGCUCCACGAAGCGCAAGUCUAAGCUGAGCACGGGACACAAGUACCGGGUGAUUCAGUGCACGGGCUACCUCAAAUCGUGGACACCCAUAAAGGAUGAGGACCAGGACGGCGAUAGUGACGAGCAGACGACGAACCUAUCCUGCUUAGUGGCCAUCGGUCGGAUCCCGCCCAACGUUCUUAAUUCCAAUGUGCCCGCAUCGCUGGACAAUCAUCCGAACAUACGGCACGUGCUCUUCAUCUCGCGACAUUCUGGAGAGGGAAAGUUCCUGUUUAUCGAUCAGCGAGCCACCCUUGUGAUCGGCUUCCUGCCGCAAGAGAUUCUGGGCACCAGCUUCUACGAGUACUUCCACAACGAAGACAUCUCCGCCCUGAUGGAGUCGCACAAGAUGGUGAUGCAGGUGCCGGAAAAGGUCACCACACAGGUGUAUCGCUUUCGGUGCAAGGACAAUAGCUACAUCCAGUUGCAGAGCGAGUGGCGGGCAUUCAAGAAUCCCUGGACGAACGAGAUUGAUUAUAUAAUUGCCAAAAAUUCGGUGUUCCUAUAAAAGGGAAUGAAUCCAAAGAUCAUUUUACAAAUCAUGCAGGCGCCACCGAGACGUCAAUUGAUAUUCCAUAUCUUCUGUGUGUACAAACAUUAUAUCUUACGAUAAGCUCCUCAUCUAUUUUAUACCAGAAACAAUUUAAUUAAAUUAAAAGACAAAUUUUAAAAA